AUGGCUCCUUCUUCUCUUCUAGCAUCUUCAUCCCCUUCUGCCACUCGCAGUCUACAUGUCACAGCCCAGCAACGGACUCCCGCAACCACCUCCGCGGCCUCUACCGCCACCGACUAUCCUACCGAUCACAGCCCUGUUGCGAACCCCAUUGAUACUACCAACUUUCUGGACAACGAGUUUGUACAAUCUCAAGCAACCACAUGGAUUGACUUGCAUGAUCCAGCCACCAACAACCUUAUCACUCGUGUGCCUCAGAGUACCGAUGCGGAGCUGAAGGCUGCCGUUGAGUCCGCCCAGAAGGCCUUUCCCGCCUGGCGCGCGACCAGCGUGAUUGCCAAACAGCAGAUCAUGUUCAAGUUUGUCAGCCUGAUCCGGGCUCACUGGGAUCGCCUGGCUGCCUCUAUCACCCUUGAGCAGGGCAAGACCUUUGCCGAUGCUAAGGGCGACGUUCUCCGUGGUCUUCAAGUUGCUGAAACCGCCUGUGGCAUCACCACCCAAUUGACAGGCGAGGUGCUCGAAGUCGCCAAGGAUAUGGAGACUCGAAGCUACCGCGAGCCUCUGGGUGUUGUGGCCGCCAUCUGUCCCUUCAACUUCCCCGCAAUGAUCCCCCUCUGGUCGAUCCCCGUCGCCACCAUCACCGGAAAUUGCUUGAUUCUCAAGCCCUCCGAGCGUGACCCUGGCGCAGCUAUGAUACUGGCCGAACUGGCUCGGGAAGCUGGUUUCCCGCCCGGUGUGGUCAACAUCGUGCACGGCUCCGCCAAGACGGUUGAUUUCAUCCUCGAUGAACCCUCCAUCAAGGCUAUCAGCUUCGUCGGCGGUAACCGUGCCGGUGAGUACAUCUACACCCGCGGUUCUGCAAACGGCAAGCGUGUCCAGGCGAAUCUGGGUGCGAAGAACCACGCCGCGGUCUUGCCAGACUGCAACAAGAACCAAACCCUCAAUGCUAUUGUUGGCGCUGCCUUCGGUGCUGCUGGUCAGCGCUGCAUGGCCUUGAGCACAGUGGUGAUGGUCGGCGAAACCCAGGAAUGGCUGCCCGAGAUCGCUGAGCGGGCCAAGGCAUUGAACGUCAACGGUGGUUUCGAAGAGGGUGCGGAUCUGGGCCCGGUCAUUAGCCCUCAGAGCAAGAAGCGCAUUGAGGAUUUGAUUGCCAGCGCUGAGGAAGAGGGUGCCACUAUCCUAUUGGAUGGUCGUGGCUACAAGCCCGAGAAGUACCCCAACGGCAACUUUGUUGGACCUACUAUCAUCACCAACGUGACCCCGGAGAUGAAGUGCUACACGGAGGAGAUCUUCGGCCCUGUCCUGAUCUGCCUGUCGGUGCCUACGCUCGAUGACGCUAUCGAGCUCAUCAACAAGAACCCGUACGGUAACGGCGCGGCUGUCUUCACCCGCUCUGGCCCGACUGCCUCGCGCUUCCAGAAGGACAUCGAGGCCGGUCAGGUCGGCAUUAACGUGCCGAUCCCUGUUCCGUUGCCCAUGUUCUCCUUCACCGGUAACAAGAAGAGUAUUGCCGGUGGCGGUGCCAACACCUUCUACGGCAAGCCUGGCUUGCAAUUCUACACCCAGCAGAAGACCGUGACCAGUCUGUGGCGCAGCGAGGAUGCGAUCAGCACCAAGGCCCAUGUUGUGAUGCCCACACACUCGUAA